AUGUUGUCAAUCCUCAGUGUAAAAGAGUUGGAAGUCAAAGUCAAGAGCUGGGAACCACAGGUCAAAAUGAAUCAAAACUUCCAGGGUGCGCCCGAUCGGGAGGACAUCAGGCUGUUGGACCAGCUGCGCAGUCAAUUGAUGCCGAUGAUCAAGGGUAUGGAACGGUUGCAGGCUGAGAUGCAGUACAAGAUGAGUCGAGGCGAGGUUGUAGAUUGGCCCCAAAUCCAGCAAACAACCAGGACAGUAACAUCCUACCUCAACUCCAUCCAUCUGCUCAUAAACGGAGGCUACCGCCACCAAUCUAAGCUCGUCACCCAAAAACACCAUAUCCCGUCCAAAGAUGCCGCCGGCAAUCCUAUGGUCGACGCCGCAGGCAAUGCAGUCCUCGUUGAGCGCGACGUGCGACGGAGAAUGACCAGCAUACAAGCUCUACCAACCAACACAGCGAAAUUUGAAGCUCUCCAUCCAUUUCCCAACCCCUCUUUCCCGAUGAAUGCCGGAGGCGGUAUGGCAGCAGGAAUGGCAGGCACGUUACUGCGAAAGAGGCUCGAGCCCAUGGAGGAAGGCUGGGUCGAAGAACGAAUCCGCAAAGCGUCAGAAUGGUGUUUUGUACCCGAAGAAUGGGGUAUCGCACCACGCAAGCCAGACCCCACCACCACUGCCACAGAAGAGGAAGACGACGAAGACGCUGUACCUGAAUCGGAACGACUAGACUCUGAGGCUAUCCCUACUACCCGCGUAAAAAACGUGCUUUCCGCGGAUGAGAUUGUGGAUCUCUGGAAACAUGCGCAUCAAGAGGUUUUCGAUAUCAAGUAUCUCAGGCAGAAGUAUCCGGCUAGUUACCCGGAUCCUGGCGCGCAGGGUGCGGAUGACGGCGAAGAAGAAGGGGAGGAAGGCGAUGAGGAGGAAGAAGAGGAGGAGGAAGAGGAGUUUGAAGAUGUCAUGGAUACGUCUGGGGGACCGGAAACGGAAGAGAAGGACGCUGCGAAACCGAAGGUAGUGAGGAAGAAGGUUACGGUGGGGAAGUUGCCGGUACAUGAACCUGUGGACGGGGUGCCGGUGCUUUCGCUUGGGUUUGCGCAUAAGUUUGCGGAGAUUGGAGAGGUGUAG